GAUGAAGUUCAGAUGCGCGCCGUUGUUCCGUACGCGCGUCACCAGCGCACAGAGGAGCUUCCCGACGCGAGGGGAGGAUGGAGACUCAGAGAUGUGUGGAUCACGACCAUGGGAGGCUUUGAACGUGACAUUACACGCAGCUAAUUGACGCACUUCUACUUUUACAGGAUAUGUUUCCACCCUUUGUGUGAGCGCUAACGCAGCUGCUCUGGAUUCAGACCUCCGGCGUCCGUCUUUCUUUCUCCCCAGUUGAGAAGCUUCCUGGGCUGCGUGGAAAACCGUCAAACCUCGGCUCGUUCCGUCGCGGUUAUGUUGUAGUUUUUACUCCGACGAAGCUUUUUUUUUUUAUUUUGGGAUCCAGGAAAUGUUGGCAUGGCCGCUUCGGGAGCACAGAGGUGUCAGAAGAGUGAGAAGUUGGACGAGGCGCAGGCUUUAGCCAAGAGCUGCGCGGGGAGACCAGACUUCCUGCCUUGUGAUGGGCUCUCCAUCUGCGCUACCCACAGCCACGGGAAGUGCUUCAAGCUGCACUGGUGCUGCCACUUGGGCUGGUGUCACUGCAAGUAUGUGUACCAGCCCAUGACCAAUGUGUGCCAGCUGCCCAGCACAGCCGUGCCAGCUGUUGGGACCGAGUACAGUAACACCAUGGACCUGUCCGUCUCUCUGGCCGAGCGCUUCCUGAAGCUCGCUCCCUGCUUCCAGUCCCCGCCGCACCUGGAGUCGCCCAAGUACUGCGUCAUCGCCGACCUGUUCGUGGACGACUACAUUGUCAAACGCAUCAACGGGAAGAUGUGCUACGUGCAGCGCCCGCCGCCUCCCUUACCGGAGCCCCCUCAUCCUCCCACCCCUCCCCCGCCUGCCCCCGCUACGCCUCAGAUGCCCCAGAAACUGGCUCAGCCUCGGCCGCCGGCGAAGCCCGCACCUGCGCCUGCACCUGUGCAGCCGGUCCAGCAGGUGUACAGUGAACACAAACAUCUUUCCCCCGUGGAUAAGAUCAAAGGCCCCAAAAUGGACCACUGCUCCUCGCCGUCCAGCUCCGAGGACUCCGGCAUCAACGCGCUGGGUCUGCACUACCUGGAGUCCUGCGAGGAGGAGAGCGAGGAGGAGGAGGAUGACGAGUUGAGCACAGAUGGGAACUCCAGCCCCGGCAGCCUCUGGGAUCAGGACGACUGUUCUCUGCUCUCGCCCUCCAAGUCAAUGAUAGAGAUCAUCGAAAAGAUCGAAACAACUGUGUAACUGACACAACGUCGACGUGGACGGCAGCUGUGACGGAGCGUCAGCUACACAGCCGAUUAUUGAGAAUAGCACCUGAGGAUUUAUUCUGCAUAGACCAAUAGAAACCCCUCUUUAACGCUUCGGCAGGCCUUUGCCAGGUUGUUUAGCUGAAUUUGUUUUCUGCAGGUGGCUGAUGACUGUACAUCUGCACUCACACACAGCCUCUCGUCUGUCCACAUCCCCUGCAUGGAGUGAAUUUUUAAUACAGUACAGGAGAAAGGCACAAGCACAAGAAUAUCAAGCACAUGCACAGUGGACCAAAUAGACCUCCUGCAACGUUGUACUUAUAGUAUGAAUAAUCUAAAAUGCAAAAGAAAUCGAUGAGUGCACCUCCAGCAGAGGAAAAUGAGGGAGAGUUUUUUUCCUGAGAUUUCUCUUUACAGUAGGUAUAUAUUAGUGGAGCAAAAUUUGUAAGAACAUGCUGGUUUAAGUAGCGUUCCUGAUGAUAAUAAGCAGUUAGGUAUUUCUUAGUGUUCUCUAGUCGUCAAUCUGGCAGCCAAGACUUUGAUUCUAUUUCAACAUUUAAGUGGCACAUAAGCGUACCAUUUCCUGCACUCUGGUCAGUGGCUCCACCCACACACGUAUUAGUAAUUCUAACACUUCAGCAUUUUAACUACAAGGCCAGCUACCUCUCAUGGGCCUAAAGCACGUCAGCCUUUUAACCCAUUAAUUACUCAGCUCCCGGCUGCUAUGACACACCUGCUUUUGUCACCAUAUUUAAAAAGACUUCCGGCCCACCACAGUUUGUGUGCACUUUACUGACACGGACACAAGCAGUAGGUAGGUAGGUCAGUGUUUGACAAUCAAGGAUUACACAGAAGCACAUUCCUAUACUGUACCUGCCAGCGAGGGUUUAAGGAUACCAUUUAUCAGACGUUAGCACAUUGUGACUGACCACCUUUUUCGGUCGGGCCGGACUGAACUGAACUGCAGCGCUGUUCAAGGUUAAAUGGUGCGUUAAGCAAAACAUGACUUGUAUUGACCUCUAUUAGCAGCCAAGAUAUUAAAUAGCAUGGACGUGACUCUGGCAGAGCGACAGUGACAAAAGUAGGAGUCACGUUGUCACGGCAGAAACUAGCAAGACACCUAGUGAAGAGGGAAUAUAUCUAAUAUAUAUAUAUAAAAACAUAUAAACUUAUAUAACAAUAAAACUGCAUUGUUAUUUGCUUUUUCGGGCUUGACAGUGAAAUGUCUUGUGAUGCCAGCUGAAAGGGGAGUCUGGGAAAGGCGUAGGCUAGAUUAGUAUGUCACAGUUAUUUCGUGCUAUGGGGCAGACAAAUGUCACUUAAUGCACCUUUAAAAGGAGUUUACAGUCUGGAGUAGGAAGCUGAGUAGGUGUUGUGAUGUUGUGAUGGACAUGAUGUUAUAAGAAAUGCACUCAAGUAUAACAUUUGUGAGACAGCCCCUUAUUAGUCAGUUAGUAAAAUAAAGAUGGGCUGGGUCUUUUUAAUUUUUUUUUUUUUUAUGUUUAAAGAGUCCUGGAGCGUAAUCUGCAAAAAUCACUAAACUAUUCAAAUAUGUAUUGCUACAAUGAUACACUAGAUGUUUGGUUUUUUUCCCCCCCAAGUCAUUUUGCAUGACUGCAGUCAUUUGCAGAAGUCCCUCAUGUCAAAAACCAAUUUAAAUAAUUUGUGACUGAGAGUGUUCAAAGAGUGAACAAAUCCUUUAUCUGUCAUUUAAUUAUUAUUUUCCAGGGACAGCCCUUGACAUUACACUGAACACAGUCCUUCUUACUGCAGUUAAAAACAUCUGUUACGUUCUUAUUAUUGUUAUAUUAUUUUCAUAUGAAUAAAUCUUAAUGAAACUCA